AUGCGAGGUGAUGUGGCGAACCACGGGGAGAACUUUGGGCCGCCUGAAGUGCUCAAACAUUCUCAAAUCUUUUCGGAGGAGUUGCUUCUCACCACUGCGUCUGCGCACGACACUGUCGGGAUCUGUCCCAGGUUGGUGAAACUCUUUGCUGUUGAUAUGACCAAAUUCUCCCUGAUCUGUUGGUGUCUGGGCUUCCCUGGCUGGUUUUCCUCGGCGACCUUGGCUGGACUGGAGAUUCGCUGUCGACUUCUUGCAUUAGCAUCCGGUAAAUACGCCGGUGAGUAUGGGCCUCCACAAUCCUAUGGCAAGCUGUGGCUAUUCAUCAGAGCUGAAAGCUCUUUUGGGCUGGUCACCGCACAAGUUGAAGGCGUGUGCUGUGACGGUUAA